AUGUUCACAGAGGAGAUCGCAGAAGACUCAGAGUGCCCCACGUCAGCAACGACCACAGCCUUCUCAGGGACAGAUAUAUCAUAUUCAGGGUCAGGAACCAGCGACUACUCAGUAUUCUACCGCGGCGUCUUCUCAUCAGGCACUUCCAGUACAGUCGGAGUUUUAUCCACCCCAUCCUUACUCAGCAUAUCGGCAGCAGCCUUAGUCUCAGUAUCAGCAGCCGGUUCCCGCACCUACGAUGCCAGCGCAGACCACUUCAGGGAUACCACAGCCGAGCUCAGAGAUUUAUUGAUAGAUACUGGUAGUUCUCAUUCAUUCAUAUCUCGAGUAUUUCUGGGUAAAAUCGGGAGAUUGCCUAGUCGUCGGACACACGGGCUGACAGUAUCUCUACCAUCUGGCGAGGUAUUGGAGAUGGUGGAAUUUGACAUUAUUUUGGGCAUGGAUUGGCUGGCCAUGAACCAUGCCACAGUUGAUUGCAGAGCAAGAGUAGUCAUAUUCCGACCUCCCGGUCUACCAUCGUGGACAUUCAUCGGAACUGAGGGUGAAGGGAUAUCAGUCAUAUCAGCUAUGCAAGCGAGGAGAUUACUGUCGCAGGGUUGUCAGGGAUAUUUGCUAGUAACAAUGGUUAAAGCUGAUACGGAUGCAUUACCACGACUCUCGGACGUUCCUAUUGUUCGAGAAUUUUCAGAUGUAUUCCCUGACGAACUCCCCGGGUUGCCUCCUAAAAGGUAA